AUGAUGAAAAGGGACAUGCAUUUUAUUUACAUUCUUUUCUUAUUAACCCUAUCUCCUUUAAUUUGCGUGAAUAGUAAGCAUUUUGUGCUGGUUCAUGGAGCAUGCCAUGGUGCAUGGUGUUGGUUUAAGGUGGCAACUUUGCUUAAAUCAGCUGGUCAUCAUGUUACGACUGUUGAAUUGGCUGCUUCGGGUAUCAAUCCAAUACAGGUUCAACAGAUUCGUCAAAUUUCAGAAUAUCAUGAACCUUUGAUGAAAUAUAUGGAAUCUCUACCAUCAGAGGAGAAGGUGGUUCUUGUUGGUCAUAGUCUUGCUGGAUUGUCUUUGUCUGUUGCUAUGGAAAAGUUUCCGCAGAAAAUUUCAGUUGCGGUUUUUAUGUCUGCAUUUGUGCUUAGUCAAAACCUCACUUACCCUGCUAUUCUUCAAGAGCAAGCUAGAAGAAACCAUUCUUUAAUGGACACAAAGGAUUUCUAUUUUGAUGGACCCAACAAACCUGCAACUGCUAGACUGUUUGGACCCAAAUAA